AGGUUUUAGUCUGUAUCUUUCAUCUAGCAUAAUUAGCUGUACCAUAAUAACAUAUACAGCCUGGCUGCAUAUAUUUAAGUGCUGUCUCUCUCCCUCUUUUUUUUAUUGAUUUAUUUUCUGGAUUGCUUUGACAUUGUAAACCACAGACGAGUUGGAGCCUGGCAUUGAAAGGAGGUGUUCUGCAACGAUUUUUUUCUUGUUUAAAGAAGUUUACUUCUACAAGAGGUAAUCUGAAAAUGACAGGGGCAAAGAGAAAAAAGAAAAGUGUGCUCUGGAGCAAGAUGCAUAUGCCCCAUUGUGAAGACUUUAAACAGUGGUGUAGAAGGCGGCUACCUAUUUUGGAAUGGGCAACACAUUAUAAUCUGAAAGAAAACUUGCUUCCAGACACUGUGUCUGGGAUAAUGCUGGCAGUUCAACAGGUGACACAAGGGUUGGCCUUUGCUGUUCUCUCAUCUGUGCACCCCGUGUUUGGUUUGUAUGGGUCUCUGUUUCCUGCCAUCAUUUAUGCCAUAUUUGGAAUGGGACGUCAUGUUGCCACAGGCACCUUUGCCUUGACAUCCUUAAUAUCAGCUAAUGCAGUGGAACGGCUUGUCCCUCUGAACAGUCAGAACCUUACCACACAGAGUAACACAAGUGUGCUGGGCUUAUCUGACUUUGAGAUGCAAAGGAUUGGUGUUGCUGCAGCUGUUUCCUUCUUGGGAGGUGUGAUUCAGGUGGCCAUGUUUGUGCUACAACUGGGUAGUGCCACAUUCCUGCUUACAGAACCUGUGAUCAGUGCGAUGACAACUGGGGCUGCCACCCAUGUCGUGACUUCACAAGUCAAAUAUCUCUUGGGAAUGAAAAUGCCGUAUAUAUCUGGACCACUUGGAUUCUUUUAUAUCUAUGCAUAUGUCUUUGAAAACAUCAAGUCUGUGCGACUGGAAGCACUGCUCUUAUCCUUGCUGAGCAUCGUGGUGCUUGUUCUGGUUAAAGAGCUGAAUGAACAAUUUAAAAGGAAAAUUAAAAUUGUUCUUCCUAUUGACUUAGUCUUGAUUAUUGCUGCAUCAUUUACUUGUUAUUGUACCAAUAUGGAAAACACAUAUGGAUUAGAAGUAGUUGGUCAUAUUCCAAAAGGAAUUCCUCCACCUAGAGCUCCCCCAAUGAACAUCCUCUCUGCAGUAAUCACUGAAGCUUUUGGAGUGGCACUUGUAGGCUAUGUGGCCUCACUGGCUCUUGCUCAAGGAUCUGCCAAAAAAUUCAAAUAUUCAGUUGAUGACAACCAGGAACUUUUGGCCCAUGGCCUCAGCAAUGUGAUUCCUUCAUUUUUCUUCUGCAUACCAAGUGCUGCUGCCAUGGGAAGGACCGCUGUCCUAUAUAGCACGGGAGCAAAGACACAGGUGGCUUGUCUAAUAUCUUGCAUUUUCAUCCUGAUAGUCAUCUAUGCAAUAGGACCCUUGCUUUACUGGCUGCCCAUGUGUGUUCUUGCAAGUAUUAUUGUCGUGGGACUGAAGGGAAUGCUAAUACAGUUUCGGGAUUUAAAAAAAUAUUGGAAUGUGGAUAAAAUUGAUUGGGGCAUAUGGGUCAGUACAUAUAUAUUUACAAUAUGCUUUGCUGCCAAUGUGGGGCUGCUGUUUGGUGUUGUGUGUACCAUAGCUAUUGUGAUUGGUCGUUUCCCAAGAGCAAAGACUCUGAGUAUAAAAAAUAUGAAAGAAAUGGAAUUUAAAGUGAAGACAGAAAUGGAUGAUGAAACGCUGCAGCAGGUGAAAAUUAUCUCAAUAAACAACCCACUUGUUUUUCUGAAUGUAAAGAAGUUUCAUACUGAUCUAAUGAACAUAAUCCAAAAAGAAAAUGCCAACAACCAGCCACUUGAUGAAAUCAGCAAGUGUGAACAAAACACAUUGCUCAAUUCUCUAUCCAAUGGCAUUUGCAAUGAAGAAGCAACACAGCCCUGCCUGAAUCAGAAGUGUUCUUUAAUCCUAGAUUGCAGUGGAUUGACCUUUUAUGACUAUUCUGGAGUCUCCAUGCUUGUUGAGAUUUACACGGACUGCAAGAACAAGAGUGUGGAUGUAUCAUUAGUCCACUGCACAGCUUCUUUGAUAAAAGCAAUGAAAUACUGGGGAAACCUAGAUUCAGAGAAGCCAAUUUUUUUUGAAUCAGUAUCUGCUGCAAUAACUAACAUCCACUUAAAUAAGAAUUUGAGCAAACUCAGUGACCACAGUGAAAUCUGA